AAGAAGAAGACCGCGUUAACAGCACUUCCCCAGACUGUUGCAGCAGCGUCCAGCUUGGUGACGAGCCGUUGUGAAGAACAGUCGAGAACAUCGUUAGGCAACAACAAAAAAAAAAAAUCAUGCCUCGUGUUUAUAUUGGACGACUCAGCUAUCAUGUUCGCGAAAAAGACAUUCAGCGAUUUUUCAGCGGGUAUGGGAAGUUGAUGGAAAUUGACCUGAAAAACGGCUAUGGAUUCGUGGAGUUCGAGGAUAACCGAGAUGCGGACGAUGCCGUGUACGAGCUGAACGGGAAGGAGCUGUGCGGGGAGCGAGUGAUCGUCGAACAUGCCCGGGGGCCGCGGCGAGACCGAGAUGGCUAUGGUGGGGGUUACUGGGGUGGUGGGCGCAGUAGCGGUUACAGCAGCCGGAGCCGUUCCGGCAGGGAUAAGUAUGGACCCCCAGUCCGUACGGAGUACCGCCUCAUCGUGGAAAACUUGUCCAGCCGCUGUAGUUGGCAGGACCUGAAGGAUUUCAUGCGUCAGGCAGGAGAGGUAACUUAUGCAGAUGCCCACAAGGAGCGCACAAAUGAGGGAGUGAUUGAGUUUAGGUCCCAUUCUGACAUGAAGAGGGCUCUGGACAAACUGGAUGGCACAGACAUCAACGGACGCAAGAUUCGUCUGGUGGAGGACCGACCUCGCCGGCGAAGGUCUUACUCUGGCAGCCGAUCCAGAUCUCGCAGUCGUCGUCGCUCCCGCAGCAGGAGCCGUAGGAGCCAGAGAAGCAGGAGCUCCAGGAGUCGCUCCAGAUCCCACUCCAGGUCCCGUUCCCAUAGCAACAAGAGACGUAAUCAUUCCCGCUCCAGAUCUGGAAGGAAGUCAGGAGAAAGCAAAUCACGUUCUCGCAAUCGCAGGUCUCGUUCUCGAUCCCGCAAAUCCAAGUCCCGUUCUCGUUCACGCAAAUCCCACUCCCGUUCAGCUGACCGCAAAUCCCGUUCGAAGAGCCGUUCAAAGGUAAAGUCGGAGCGGGAUUCUCGCAGUAGAUCCAAGGAGAUAGGUGGUGACAAGAAAUCCCGUAGUCGUUCAGCUUCUCCAGUGGAGAACGGGAAGGAAGCACGUGCCACCAAAUCUGCCUCUCGCUCCCCAUCCCCACAGGAGGAGGACCGCCGAUCCAAGUCAAGGGAGAAACGUUCAGCUUCCCGCUCAAAGUCCCGUUCAAGGUCUCGCUCACGGUCUAGAUCAGCUUCUCAGGAUUAGUGGAAUUAGAAAUGCAAGACAUUUCAUUCAUUGACGAGCUUGAUCCCUUUGCUGUACAUAUUGAGUUGUUGUCAGACUGGCUCCUAUUUCCUGACUUGUCUACUUUUCUCCUUCAAGUGUGCACUUGUCUUUAACAGGUUUUAGAUACAGUUUUAGUAGAGGGUGCACUGCUGAGAUGGGGAUACUUUGAAAUUAAUUUGGUCUCAGAAUCAUCUUCUGCCCAAAGUGACCAAUUUUAUCUGGAAUUAUUUUCAAAAACUGAAGUGCUAGUCUUGGAGCCUUUAGAGCUGCCGCCUAAGGUGGUUUAAGUCAUUCUCUCUGAAAGCUUCAACUUGAGGGCUAGUCUGUUUUGAUUUAAAGCUGUUUACAGAUUAGUGAAAAUCAAGUUAUCUUUAUUUACAUCUACGUUUGCAGCAGAUCUUAGUUGGUAGAUUUAUAUGAUUUACUAGCAUUGCAAGUUUCCGUAGUCCAUUGUCUGCUUGUUGAUGAACUGCUGUUUCAUAUGCAUUCAAACUGCAUGGUUGUGGGAGAAAAGUAGCAUUUGGUUACAGCAUUGGAGUAGUCUCCAUUUGAGUUGCUCUCUCAGUAAUUGCUUCUUUUUUUCUUUUUUCUUUUUUUUUUUU